AUGAAUCAAUGUAGCCAGGCGAAGCUUUCUGACAAGCAGGUGGAGAUCCAGGAAGUGCCCAAAGAAGAGGCGCGCCUGGGAGAGGUGGUGAUCCAGGUUUUCGACCGCUACCUUUCAAAGCGCGACAUUUGGCACUUGCAUCUGCGCAUGCUGCAGGGCGGUGGCCAAGUCUUGUAUGCCAACUUCAACCAUUCGCUCAGACAGCUCGUGGCCAACAGCCAGUUCGACAGACUCGUGUUCAAAGAUGGCACGCCGACCAUCUCAGGAUUCGUCGACCGAACGACACAGGUUUCCUUCAAGUCGGUGACUGCCAACAUGUUCGUACUGGUGCAGAUCAGCUCGGAACUCUGGGAGUACAGCACGGCGGGCAGACCGUUGUGGGAGGCCUUGGUGGAGUGCUUCGCGCAGUUGGUAGAGAAGUCCUUGCGAGUGACAAGAGGAAGCGGGCACUAUUUGCGCAUGAUACUCUUCACACGGUCCAAAGGAAUCGUCAAGUCAGAUCCCGAGGCUGCAGUUGGCGAGGGGCUGCUUGUGGAUCAUGACAGGUACGCCAAGCCCAAGAGCAAGCCAGAACCUGUGGAUUUCUACGAUGUGUUCUGGGAGGGCUGGGCGCGUGUACUGCCAACAGCGAGCGAACUUGCGGCAAGGGUCCGUCAAGUCUGCAUGUCGAUGCACGAGGAGUUUCAUGGAAAAACUACAUCUGAAGCUGUGUUGUGCUGUGAGACAGGUGGAGGUGACUGGAGCCCCGUAGCUGAGUUAAGCGGUCUAAGAAUUUCACGGCAGCUGGCAGUGCAAUUCCAAUGA